CUCAUUAUUUUUGUUGCUUAAAGCUUGCCCUCUCCUCUCCCUUAUCCUCUAUUCACUCAUUCUCUCUCUCUCUCUCUCAACACAGAGAAAACAACCCAGCUGCAAUAAUCUCCCAUCUGAAAGGAAUUCCAUGCUCCACAAAACACACAAACAGAGAAAAGAGAGACCCACUAGCCCACUAAGCGAUAGAAAUUGAGGGUCACCUCAUCACACCUCCUUAGCUACUACACACAAACACAACAACAUACAUAGCAAAAAAAUAUAUAGAAAAAGAAAUCUAGUGGCAGUACUACUACUUACUACUUCCACUAUAGCUGCUAGCUACCAGAUAGGAGGAAAAGAGUAAGGUUUUUUUUUUUUUAAUAAACCCCACCAAUUCAUUUCUUUUUCUUUUCUUUUUCCUUAGAAAAAAGUGCUUAUAGAGAAGCUUGGUUAUAUGAGAUAACAAGAUCAUGGAAUUGGAAGCUGAUCAUCAAAAUGGGAUUCGAAGCAGACUCAAUUUCCCUCUGCAGCUGUUAGAGAAAAAGGACAUUGAUGACGUCACGGAACAACCUUGUUCCACCACCAGCGUGGUAACUGCUACUACUACUGCUAUUACUACUACUACUACUUCAGAUAACAACGACCUCCACUUGGCGGAGCAGUCCAAGAAGCCUCCGCCGAAACGGAGUUCCACCAAGGACCGCCACACGAAGGUCGAUGGGCGAGGCCGCCGGAUCCGCAUGCCGGCGGCCUGCGCUGCCAGAGUGUUCCAGCUCACGCGUGAGCUGGGACAUAAGUCUGACGGCGAGACCAUCGAGUGGCUCCUCCAGCAGGCGGAGCCCGCCGUCAUCGCCGCCACUGGGACAGGCACCAUUCCCGCCAACUUCACCUCCCUCAACAUCUCCCUCCGCAGCUCUGGCUCCACCAUGUCGGCCCCGUCGCACUACUUCCGCGGAAACUACUUCAACCCUAGCACGUUCUCCACGUCCGCCGCCGCGGCGGCGGCGGCUCAGCUGAGAAGCCGCGCAGAGUGGGACCGGAGCAUGAGCAUGGUGAUGGAGGAUUCUCGAAGGAGCAUGCUGGAGAACACUUCUUCAAUCUCCGCAAUUUUGAAUUUCAACCCUAUGGGUAACGUUAAUGUAAUUCAACAAGCGAAACAAGAGCUUCGGGAAGAAUCCGGCGGGGGCGGCGGUCUUGAAUCGGUGGCUUCUGAUUCCGAUGGAAGCUUAGGGAGAAAGAGAAGGCCAGAGCAAGAACUAUCACAAAUGGGAAGCUAUUUGAUACAAUCAAGCACAGGGUCGCUUCCGGCGAGCCACGCUUCCAAUACGGCGGCGUUUUGGAUGGUGGCGGGUCACGGCAACCAAGCCAUGAGUGGUGGUGGCAGCGGCGGCGGUGGCAACAAUGGUAGCAGCGAUAAUAAUCCCAUUUGGGCAAUUCCCUCUGUUGGGAAUAGUGGUGUGUAUAGAGGAGCUAUGUCUGCUCCAGGUGGCAUUCAUUUCAUGAAUUUCGCUUCUCCGAUGAACCUUAUGCCCGGAGGUCAACUAGGUUCCGGUAUCGUUGGUGGCGGUGGCGGCGGUGGUGGCAACGGCGGUGCUCAACUUCUAAGUGAAAGUAACUUAGGCAUGCUUGCAGCCCUUAAUGCCUACAGGCAGAUUCCGGCGAACGGCGUCUCGGAGCCUCCGGGCAGUGCCGGGCAACAUCACAGCGGAGACGAUGGACGUGAUUCCACCAGUCAACAUUCCUGAGGGUCAAAAUAAUCACAAGUGUAUGAUCUGAUGCUAGCUUCUUAAUUUUUCUUUUAAUUACUAUAUUAUUCCUAGUGCUAUUAUUACUACUAUUAGCUCUACUACUAAUUAGUGAUUUGCAUAAUAUAUAUUAAAUACGUAAUUAUAUAUGUUAUGUCCAUUUGCAAAAAUAUGCAAGAAGCGCAAGUUUGAUUGCUUUGGUAUAUUGAGUUCAGUUUGCGGUUUUGGUUGGA